AUUAAAUAAUUUGUGUGUAAGUUUAAAAAAAAUGGAUUCAAGCCCCACAGAAGAUGAUUUAUUAGAUGAGGACAGUUCCGAGUUCUUUAUCAAUUUCCCUCCAGAAGUCCAAAAAGCCAUAGAUGAGGUCCUUCCUUCUCGGGACUCCUUGGAUGGACCAGAUUUCAACAGUAUCGAUUACAUAAAUUCCCUUUUUCCAACUGAACAAUCAUUGUCGAAUAUCGACGAGGUUGUAAUAAAAAUGGAAAAUCAAAUACACACUAUAGACAAUGAAAUAUCUACUGUUAUUCGUAGUCAAAUUGAUGCUAGCAAAGAUGGAAGGGAAGCAUUGGAUGAAGCCCAAAAAAUAAUCAAACAUCUUUUUGUACACAUAACAGAUAUCAAAGAAAGGGCUGAAAAGUCAGAGGAAAUGGUACGGGAAAUCACUAGAGAUAUUAAACAAUUAGACUGUGCUAAAAGGAAUUUAACAUUAGCUAUUACAACCCUAAACCAUCUUCACAUGUUAGUAGGUGGUGUAGACACCCUUAAAUCUCUAACACAAAAACGCCUUUAUGGCGAAAUAGCCUUACCAUUACAAGCCAUCAGCGAAGUGAUGUCUCAUUUUGAAAAUUACUCGGACAUUCCCCAAAUCAAAAGCCUCAGUGAUCAAGUGAACAGCAUACACUUCGAACUGGCCCAACAAAUAACGCACGAUUUCAAAGAAGCAUUCCAAGGUGCAAAUAGCAAAGGUCAUUUGCCUAAUAAGCAGCUGCAACAAGCCUGUUUGGUGGUCUCGAUAUUAGAUCAGAAAGUUAAAAGGGAAUUGUUGAAAUGGUUUGUCGAUUUGCAACUGCAAGAAUAUAGUCAUUUGUUUCAAGAAACUGAAGAUACUGCUUGGUUGGAUAAGAUUGAUAAGAGGUACGCUUGGAUUAAGAGGCAUCUGUUGGAGUUUGAAGAUAGACUUGGAACUAUGUUUCCUCAAAACUGGGAAGUAUCUGAACGAAUAGCCGUUCAAUUCUGCCACAACACCAGAGAAGAAUUAUCCAAAAUUAUGGCCAAAAGAAAAAACGAAAUCGACGUGAAACUACUUUUAUAUGCCAUCCAAAAAACUUCAGCUUUUGAAAGUUUACUUUUCAAAAGAUUUACUGGUGUAACACUAAAGGAAAACUUGGAGGAAAGCACCAAGGAAAAAUCUAAAAGUGAUAAAUCAAGUUAUGGUAAUUUACAAAGAAGUGGAUCCAUAAACGAACCAACAAAUGCAGAAUUUGAUGUUUUCGCAUCACCAUUUCAUGGACUUAUAGGCAGAUGUUUUAUAACUCAUUUAGAAAUUUACAUAGAUAGUGUAGAUAGAAAUUUAGCUGACCUUAUCGAUAGAUUUGUGCAAGAUGAAAAACAGCAUAGGCCUACAGAAAACACAGAAACCCAAGCUGCUAUAUUACCGUCUUGUCCUGAUUUGUUUGUUUUUUAUAAAAAAAGUAUGAUACAGUGUACACAGCUUGAUAGGGGACAAUCGAUGCUAAGCUUAACGAGAACAUUCCAAAAAUACCUGCACGAGUAUUCUGAAAAAUUGUUACAAAAUAAUCUACCAAAAGUUGAAGCACAAACUCUAGGAUCCUCUGUACAAAAUUUCACUAAAGAUUUACAAAAAAUCUCAACAUCGGGCCUGAUCCAUAACUUUUCAUCUUUAUUAAAAGAAGGAGAAAUUACUAGAUUCACAAAAGAUGAGCAAACCAAAAUAUGUUGUAUUCUAACAACUGCAGAGUAUUGUUUGGAAACUACUCAGCAACUUCAGGACAAACUCAAAGAAAAAAUUGAGCUACAUUUAGCUGAGCAAAUUGACUUGUCUAAAGAACAAGACCAAUUUCAUAAAGUAAUAUCAAAUUGCAUUCAACUAUUGGUGCAAGACUUGGAAAAUGCCUGUGAUCCCUCACUUACAGCAAUGUCUAAAAUUCCUUGGCAAAAUAUUGAUGCAGUUGGAGAUCAGAGUCCUUAUAUUACUUCUAUAACUACUCAUCUGAAAACCACAGUUCCCAUAAUAAGAGAUAAUUUGGCGCAUUCUAGGAAAUAUUUUACUCAAUUUUGUAUUAAGUUUGCCAAUAGUUUCAUACCAAAGUUUAUACAGAGUAUUUACAAAUGUAAGCCGAUUAAUACUGAAGGUGCAGAACAACUUCUCUUGGAUACCCACAUGUUGAAAACAGUUCUUCUCAAUCUACCAUCAAUAGCAUCUCAAAUAAAUAGAUCUGCUCCAGCGGCAUAUUCCAAAGUUGUCACCAAAGGUAUGACCAAAGCAGAAAUGAUUUUAAAAGUUGUGAUGACGCCUAUAGAACCGGAAAAAAAUUUCGUGGAUCAGUGCAAGAAACUUUUGCCAGAAUGCCAGCUGACGGAAUUCUGUAAAAUAUUAGAAAUGAAAACUGUCAAAAGGCAAGAACAGGCGUUAUUAGUCGACUUGUUCAAGAGCAAAAAAUAGAAAAUAAUUUUACUGUUUAUGUAUUAUGGAAAUCAAAAUAUGUUAAUGUAAUAUGUAUUAGACUUCUGCCAUUUUGUUGGGUUUCACAGGAGUUAAUUUUCAAUUGUUAUGAAUUUUUGUCCGAAUUUUAGUGUUAGUGCAAUUUUUGUAUGUUCUUAUUUAUGAAUUCAGUUAUGUACUUAAAAGUUUGUGUCUUAUUUUAAUUGUUAAUUUAUUGUCUGUGGUUUUAAUUCACUCGUAAUAUAUUCAGGCAAUCUAGAGUAUUUCAGGUAUUAAUUUAUUAUUAUUCUUUAAAUACAAAUAUGUUGUCAAAUUUGAGGCUCUCAAUUGAUUCCUUUCCUAUAAAAGAAACAAUGUUUUCAAUAGAAAAAGUUAUCAUCAUCAUAAGCAGCACAGGAGGAUGGUUGAUGUUUUUGAGGAAGGAAUAAUAAAGUCAUAUUGCAAUUGAUAAAACUAUGCUCAUUAAUGUUUUAAAAAAAAAUAACAAAAAUCUUUACUUACUAAACACAAAUUUACACUUGUCUGUGUACAGUUUCUCUUAACACAUGUUUAGAAAUAAUUUCAUUAUAAGCUUUCCUAGAUAAAUCGCAAAGUUCGGCACUUUUCUGAGCCGAAACUUCAAGUCCUCUUCCUCUGUGAAUAUCAAAAUGACUGACCAGAGAAGCUUGACUCUCGCCAACUUCCUUCAGUUGCGUUAUAAUCCCCAAAAUGUCGUCUUUCAAUGGUGGAAAUGCUUCGUAAAUCCUUAUCAAAGCUGGCAAGACCGGUUUGAAGUGUUUUACGCGUUGUGCACUUGAGAUCCCUUCAAAUAUAAAAUAAAUUAAUAAUGAAAUAACACAUACACACACAAAAUCUACCUCCCAAUAUCGCGUACAACAAAUUCAAAGCAGUGACGCACAAAUUCAGACUCUUUGGCAAAGCAUAUUGGAUACACAAAUGUGAUAAUAACAGAAUGGCAAAAAUUUGUUUGUCCAAUCUUGGCUGUUGCAUUAGAACUAGCAGGAAAUCUAGGCAAAUGUGCAUUGACGGGACUCCUUUCACAACAACUUCAAUUAGAUCAUUU